AUGCUGCAGUCAGUGUUGGUUUUGUUUCUGCUGUGCUAUGCACCAGUAUGCAUUUCUGGAAUGAGGAGAGAAUAUUUCCUCAGGAUAGAGGAAGUUAAUUGGAACUAUGCACCAAGUGGGAUGAACCUCAUACAGAACAACACAAUCCAGGAAGAUGAAGAAGCUGCAGUCUUUCUUAAGAAAGGCCCCCAGCGAAUCGGCGCCAUCUACAAGAAGGCUGUUUAUAAGCAGUACAGUGAUGCAACGUAUAGAACAGAGGUGAUGAAACAAGACUGGUUGGGCUACCUGGGACCCAUGUUGAUGGCUGAGGAGGGAGACACUUUGAUUGUCCACCUGAGGAACUUGGCGUCCAGACCGUACAGCAUCCAUCCUCAUGGAUUGAACUACAGAAAAGGCAGUGAGGGGGCAUUGUACCCAGAUGGUACCUCACCUGACAUGAAGGGAGAUGACUCAGUGGCUCCUGGUACAACAGUAACUUACGAGUGGAGCCUGCCGCAUUCCCAGAGCCCAAAACCAACAGAAAGCAACUGUCUGACCAGAUUCUACCACUCCCAUGUGUUGACUCCAAAAGAUAUCAACUCAGGAUUGGUAGGACCUCUCAUUCUCUGUAAGACAGGAACUCUGGACGUACAUGGGGACAGUUCAGCAGACUACGCGUAUGCGCUGAUAUUCAUGGUGUCAGAUGAAAACUUCAGCUGGUAUUUAGAUGACAACAUCAGGACACAUAUAACAAACCCUGCCGCAGGCCUGAAAGAGGAUGAAGAUUUCAUCGAGAGUAACAAAAUGCAUGGGAUAAACGGAUUUCUGUAUGGUAAUCUACCUGGACUGAAUAUGUGCCAAGGGAACAAGAUCCACUGGUAUAUGGUCGGCUUAGGCAAUGAGGUGGACAUGCAUUCAGUUCAUUUCCACGGACAGAUCCUGACGAGCGAAAAUCACCACACAGACACAGUCAGUCUUUUCCCUGGCUCGAGCCUCUCAGCUGAGAUGGUAGCAGACAACCCUGGACACUGGCUGCUGACGUGCACUGUUAACGAUCAUCUGAUGGGUGGUAUGCAGGCUAUAUUUGAGAUCAGAAAGUGUUUUCCCAAUGUCCAUAAGCCCCGGCCAUAUGGCCAGCUCAAAGAGUUCUUCAUUGCUGCGGAAGAAGAAGUCUGGGACUAUGCUCCAACACUGCCAACCGACAGUGAGGCAGACAUGUUCGUGACCAGAGGUCCAAAUCGUAUUGGAAGUCGCUACAAGAAGGUUCGCUAUGUGGAAUACAUUGACAGCUCCUUUCUGACCAAGAUGUUACGCAGCACAGAGGAGCGACACCUCGGAAUUCUGGGUCCCGUGCUGCGAGCUGAAGAGAGAGACACCAUCAAGGUGGUCUUCAAGAACAAGGCCAGUCGGCCUUACUCUCUCCAGCCACAUGGUGUACAGUACAGUAUCGAACAAGAUGGGACGCUUUAUUACAAUGAACAAGAAGAGUCCUACACUGCCAAAAAACUAAGGGAACUAAAACAUGAACAACGGACAGUGACACCUCCUCCAACUGCUCUGGUCACACCUGGAAAGACGCACAUAUAUGAGUGGCUUGUGCCUGUUGGUGCUGGACCGGUGCAAGGGGAGGCUGACUGUCUGACCUACCUGUACUACUCAGGAGUAGACCCCGUAAAAGACACCAACUCUGGACUGGUUGGACCAAUGCUUGUUUGUCGACCUAGUUCUCUUAAGAAAGGGAUACAGAAGAACUACAAUAAAGAGUUUCACCUGCUGGCCACAGUAUUUGAUGAAAACCUGAGCUGGUAUCUAGAUGAUACCAUUCGUGCCUUCACCACAGCUCCUGCCACUGUUAACAAGGAAGAUGAAUCCUUUAUUGAGAGCAACAAGAUGCAUUCCAUCAAUGGGUUUGUGUACGGGAACCUCCAAGGCCUGACUAUGUGUAAGGGGGACAAAGUCACAUGGCACCUGUCAGGACUGGGUUCCGAGACAGAUAUCAACAGUCUUCACUUCCAGGGAAACCGCUUCAUCUUUCGCCAGAACAGACUGGAUGCCAUUUCUGUUUUCCCCCACAUCUCACGCACCGUCACGAUGGAGCCAGACAGCAUGGGUCAGUUUGAAGUGGCAUCAUCGACGGUCAACCAGUACCGUGGUGGAAUGCGAGCCAACUACACGGUACAGAAAUGCAGCUUUUUGCAGCAUCAGGGUGAGACCAUGUUGCACUUCAAAACCUACUACAUUGCUGCCAUUGAGAUGGACUGGGACUACUCUCCAAAUCGUACUUGGGAGGCUGAAAUGUUUCGCGGUCAGAAAAGUCCUGCAUCUGUCUUCCUGGACCAGGAGGGUGGUUUCAUCGGCCCACGCUACAAGAAGGUCGUUUACCGUCAGUUCACCAAUGGCAAGUUCACCAAGCAGGUGGCAAGAGGCGCUGACAUGGAACACCUCGGCAUUAUGGGUCCUAUGAUCCAUGCUGACGUUGGUGACAAGGUCAAGGUGGUUUUCAAGAACAUGGCAUCCAGAUCGUAUUCGAUCCAUGCCCAUGGGGUCAAGACAGAAAGCCCAACUGUGUACCACACCAAUCCAGGUGAGACUCAGACCUAUGAGUGGUAUGCUACAAAGAAUACAGGACCAACCACUGAACAAGAGGAGUGUUCUGUGUCAGCAUACUACUCCACAGUGGAUGUUGCCAAGGAUCUGUACAGCGGUCUAAUUGGUCCCUUGGUCAUCUGUCGCCGUAGUUGGGCCAGGAGUUUGGGCCUCAAGAAAGAAAUAGAGGAAUUUGCAUUGCUGAUGCUCGUAUUUGAUGAGAAUGAGAGCUGGUAUUUAGAUGAAAACAUCAGGACCCACAUAAGGAACCCACGACCAAAGUUGAAGGAUGAUGAAGACUUCAUAGAAAGCAACAAGAUGCACGCCAUUAAUGGUUUUGUUUACGCCAACCUGAACGGUUUGAACAUGGAUGUGGGAGAUAAGGUCUACUGGUACCUGAUGGGUAUGGGCAAUGAGGUGGAUAUACAUGGUGUACAUUGGCACGGGCACAGUGUUGAGUAUAAGUUGGGCGGAGGCCCACACACUACUGAUGUGUUUCAGCUUUUUCCAGCCACCUUCCAGACAGUAAAAAUGCGUCCUCAGUAUCCUGGAACAUGGAUGCUUCACUGUCAUGUAACUGACCAUAUUAAAGCUGGCACAAUAGCUUUGUAUACUGUGAGAGAAAAAGGACCGGAUAAGAUUUAUAACAACUUGACUGACUCUCGCAAGGCACCCUUCAUGGUACCCCGUGGCAGUUUGAUGCCUCUUGGCUCCCCACCCCACCCAAACCAUCAGCCGUAA